AUUCGCCGGUCCGAUCUCGUUUAUGUCAAAAUGAAGGUAAUAGACCAAUUACUACUCGCCACUGGAUGAAGGCAACCGACGCAAUUCCACCGUCACGAAUUGCCGUGUAAAAUUGUUACUAGUUUUGUACACAAUUCAGUUGAUAUUUGUUCGGUAUUUCACGUUGGAACCUGGAAGCAACCGACCACCUCAGCCUCACGUCUCAGGUGAUGAGGGUCCCGAGGCCAGUCCCCCCGGCCUCUCUCUGUCGCUGUCGGGUUGGAUUUUGUCAUUUGGAGGAAUCAUUGGGUGCAUAGUCGUCAAUACAUUCAUCAAUUUUGACCUUUAAAUGUAAAGAGAAGUCCUCCCUUUUAUUUCGUAUCAACUAUCAAGGAAUCUCCUCCCAAAGCUUUGGCUUUCUUGAAUUUGAUUUCCGAGAGAGAGAGAGAGAGAGAGAGUCAGAAAUAGAGAAACGGAGUCUCUCUCUAAAGCUUUCUCUUUGCUUGAUUUGAUUCCGUAGACAGAGAAGGAGAAGAAGAAGGAAAUGGGAGGAGUGAAGAUCUGGAGCGCUAUCGAAGUUGCAGAGGAAGUUGGAGAAAGUUGUAAUUCAGAUAUUCCGUCUUCGUCUCUCACAGUCGACAUAUCUCUCCCUCUCCCUCAAAUGAAACCUCGAAUCAUAGAGUUGUGUAAGGAUAUGUUCAAGAAGUGGUCGCAGUUGGAUGAGUCUCAUUUCUCAAUUGAAACGGUUUCUGGUGGCAUAACUAAUCUCCUGCUAAAGGUAUCUGUGAGGGAAUACAGUGGUGAUGAUACUGUGACAGUUCGACUAUACGGUCCGAGUACUGAAUAUGUGAUUGAUCGUGAACGGGAAUUAAAGGCCAUUAGAUAUCUCUCAGCAGCAGGAUUUGGUGCCAAGUUGCUUGGAGUAUUUGGAAAUGGCAUGGUGCAAUCCUUCAUCAAUGCUCGUACACUUUCACCAUCAGAUAUGAGGAAUCCAAAAUUGGCUGCUGAAAUUGCAAGGCAACUUUGUAAAUUCCAUCAGGUGGAGAUUCCUGGCUCUAGAGAACCCCAACUAUGGAAUGACAUCCUUAAAUUCUUGGAGAAAGCAUCUGCUCUAGAAUUUGAUGACAGUGAGAAACAGAGGAAAUAUGAAACAAUUUCAUUCAAGGAAGUCCAAGAUGCAAUUUUUGAGCUUAAGGAUCUAACAGAUCUUCUUGACGCUCCUGUGGUAUUUGCUCAUAAUGAUUUGCUGUCUGGGAACUUGAUGCUAAAUGACGAUGAAGAAAAACUUUAUUUCAUUGAUUUUGAGUACGGAUCAUACAGCUAUAGAGGCUACGAUAUUGGGAACCACUUCAAUGAAUAUGCAGGCUUCGAUUGUGAUUAUAGCUUGUACCCAGACAAGGAUGCACAGUAUCAUUUCUUUCGGCAUUAUUUACAACCUGAAAAACCUCAGGAGGUAUCUGUUGAAGAUCUUGAAGCUCUAUAUGUCGAGACCAAUUCAUUUAUGCUAGCAUCACAUUUGUACUGGGCUCUAUGGGCACUUAUACAGGCAAAGAUGUCCCCCAUUGAUUUUGAUUAUCUCAGUUACUUCUUUCUCCGCUACAAUGAAUACAAAACUCAGAAAGAUAAAUAUUUCUUGCUAGCACGAUCAUAUGUUGCAGGAUCCAAGACUGGGUGACUUAUCCACAUUACCACCAUCAUUUGUUUAUGGAAGAUUAUAAUCUGUAUUGUAGCAUUAGAAUAUCUCCUUUAGGUUUUCUUGUAUCCACUAAUUAGAAUAAAGUAGUCUGGGGCCCAUGAUUUUCUUUGUUAUAAUUCUGAAACAUGACGUUAAAAUUAUUUAGUCUUCAUAUCUGUAAUAGCUGCCUUUUUUAUUCAAAAUUUCUGCCUUCUCCAUUUUUGUGAAUCUGAUGUCUGGUUCUACCUAUGAUACAUGGUUUGGUCUUUGGCUCUGGACUAAAUACCAACCAAGCAUGUUUAGACA